AUGAUACUAUCAGACAAGUUGGUACCCGAUACAGAACCAGAUACGACUGGUGAUGUCCCGGAUUCUGAGAAGCAAUUAAUUGAUGUGGAUCAUGACUUAGAGUUUGCCGCAAGUGUGAAUUUGGAUAAUCAGGAAAAUACCAGUAAAGAAAAGCCAAAAAUCAAAGUUGCGUGGACAAAUUUGCUGACUGGUGACGUCUAUUCCUCGCAAUCACAAUGCACUAUUCCCACUUGUGUACGCGGUGAUCAAAUUCACCUUAUCGAACGAGAUCACGUGCUCAACGAUACGGUUCGCCACGCAAAGCGGGAUAUUGUUGGCAAAAUUGUAAAUAUGCGAACGAAGGCUUGCGGUGAAGUGCUUAGUUAUGGUCGUGUUUUGUUGGAUUUGGAUUGUCGUCGUCUGCGCAGUGUCUAUAGCAAUUUGCCCCUAUCAGAUGUUCUAUCCCAAGUUGUUUAUCAUGCUCACCCAUCGUUUGGAUCGAACAUUCUCAGAUUACUUGUUCGUGAAGAAGGACUACGCCAUUUUGAACCAGUUGCACCGACGUCAGACGCAUUUCCAGACACUCUCUUCGAAGGGGCUUGGAUUCAGGGUGAGGCGCAUGGCUUGAAAUCCAAUUCAGGCCCUUCUGGUCUUUCUGCGCUUUUCCGACUGUGUUCGGACAGAAACAGACCAACCGGAUCAGCGCACGCCAUUGGAAUCCCCAACUCGCAACCCGACGGGACUGCCAGUUCCAAUCCGAAUGUGACGUCGGAACCGGCGACGCGACUCGCGCCCAAGCCCGAUCCAGCACGUUGGUAUACCACCGACGAAGUCUAUCCACCAGGGCACCCGCUCAAUCUUUUUCGGGAUCUAGCUCAGUCUAGCGCCACGAGGCCAUUGUUGCAUACGCUAUGCGGGAAAGAUAUGCGACUGCUUGAUCGCACACCAAUUUUCCUUACGGAGACCAAAACCCGAAAUGCCCUCUGGUUGUCUCGUCUAAGCUCGUUCACGCAUGUCACGGUUUUUGUAGAACGAUUCCUUCCAGCUGAGGCCACAGUGCACUGGUUCGCAAAUCGUCGUGCCGCUGUUCACUCGAACAAUCCGGUUCUGAGCAAACCACCACCAAGUGUAGUGCUCGGCGAAGACUUGGCCAAUCUGCGUCCAGUAAUACCCUAUCCUUACCUAAGCUGCACCGGUUCCGAUAUUUGGUACUAUCAGCUUGACGAGUCGGAUGUCAUGUAUGAUCUGUGA